AUGCGUGCUGUGUGUGUGUGCGUACUGCUCUGUUCCCUCUGGCUCGUCCUCCUCCCUCCUACAGGUAUGUAAGCCCUUCAUGUGUGAGGCGAAUUACAUAUAUGGACCUGACACUGUGUUAUGCAGCAAUUCUGACACGACAAGGCGAGAAAUAAUGUUCACACCUCUCUCUGUCUUCUUUGACAGCUGCAGAGGGGAGCGGGGCAGCCAGCAGGAGGGAGGAGACAGAGAAGGGGAGGGUGAGGGAGAGACGGAGCAUGCCGUACUGGGGUCUCUGGUCAUCUGAUUUCAUUGGAUGGAUGGAGGAACUGCGAGCGCAGGCAGCUCAAACGGGGAUGCAGGACCUGGCCCGGACAUUCUGGGCUCACUUUCCCAUCGCGAACCAAUUAGGGUACGAUAGUCCGGAGUCUGACCCUCAACCUGAGGAGUAA